CAAUGGUUUCAUUAGUAUGCCCCCACAAUUCUCAUUAGAUGGUAUUCCAGCAUAUAAUAUGAAUAAUGAAAUGGAGUUAUCUGAAAGAGAUGAAGAUUUAAAUAAUAAUGUAAAUAGUUGUAAUAAUAAUAAUAAUAAUAAUAAUAAUAAUAAUAAUAAUAAUAAUAAUAAUAAUAUUAAUAAUAAUAAUAAUAAUAUUAAUAAUAAUAAUAAUAAUAAUCAAAGUAAUAAUAGUCAAAACUUAUUAGAUAAUAAUAGUAAUAUGAAUAACAAUUGUAAUAUAGAUAACAAUAAUUGUAUAAACGGUCAGCAAUCAUCAAAUUUAAAUAGCAGCGGAAAAAGAAGCAAAAAAAUUUAUAGAGGUGAUUCAUUUGGAAGUGAUAUCAGUACUGGUUUAAUGGGUAGCUCUGAUAAACUUCCAUCCCAUCUUAUUCAACAACAACAACAGCAGCUCAAUAUUAGUUCAGAUAUACCGAAUAGUAAUCAAGUCCCUAAUACCAAUGGACAAUUAAUGUAUCCACAAAACUUUUAUUUCAAUAAUCCAAACAAUAGCAAUGGGUCAAUGUAUAUAAAUCCUUAUGGUAUUAGUACUACUACUUCGGUUCAAGGUGGUAUUCCUGUUUCAAGUGCCAUGCAUCAAAUGUUAAUGCCCAACUCAAUGGGCCUUAACGGCAUGAAUAGUAUGAACUUGAAUUUGAGCAACAUGAAUAACAUCAAUAAACCAACAGUUUCCAAUCCACCAGAACAAAUGUUAAACACCAAUAAUAGUAAUAAUGAUAUAGAAAAUAACAAUACAAAUAAUAAUAUAAAUAACAAUACAAACACAAAUAAUAAUAAUGGUGACUCAUCAUCAUCAUCAGCUGCAUCAUCACCAUUAAUUAAUAAUGGAAACAAUAAUGGAUCACCACCACAAAACCAACCAACCCAGUCAACCAAUUCACCAUCAUCAUCACCAAUUCAUAGACAUCCAGCAGUUACAUCAAUUUCGUUAGCCAACUUACAUAACCAACAAAUGUCACCAAUUUCACCACGUUCUCCACGUUCUCCUCACGAUAUUAACGAUGGUAGCCAAUCUCCAUCAUCGCGUAGAAAGAAUAGAUUCAAUGAACUUCAAGUAAAACGUUUAAAUGAUUUCUUUGAAUCAUUAGAUAAAAAUGGUAGUAAACAUAGUAGUGAUGAUAUUGCCCUAUUAAGUGGUGAAUUGGGAUUAACUGAACAACAAGUUCGUGUAUAUUUUCAAAAUAAACGUGCAAGAUCACGUCCAUCCCCAAGAGGUACUCCAAACCAAACCAGUCAAAGUACUUUGGCCCAACUACAACAACAACAAAUUCAGCAACAGUUGCAACUUCAAGCUCAAUUGAACUCUGCCAAUACAACUCCGCAACUAAACUCAACAAAUAAUGUAAAUACCAAUUUUGGCGGUAGUCAAAAUAACAAUACAACCUCCAAUCAAAUGAUUAAUGAACAGGUUUGUGAAUAAAAUCAACAAUUAUAAUAAUCAACCUUUUUUUUAAAAAUUAAAUUAUAUAAAAAAAAAAAAAUUAAUAAUAAUAAUAAUAAUAUAAUAAAUUAUUUAAAUGCAUAUUUGUAAAUAAG